AUGAUUAUCCUAUACGAACAACAUAACUUGAAAUCUUUUUAUAGAUAUUUCUAUGGUGAACUUCAUCAAUUAGCUCAUGGUUUACUUUCACAUCGAAAUAUCUUUAUUGAUCGUCAUACUGAAAAAUUACAAUUACGUAAUAGUGUAUCGAUUCAUUUAGUUUUAUCCGAUGCACCGAAUGGUGAUGCUAAAGAAUUUCUUCCAUUAGAUACAAAUAAUUAUCUAAGUGCAUAUGAUGCUGUUCAAAUGAGGAUGGUAACACAUGCACCAGUUUAUGAAACACGUGAACAAGGUCUAUUAAGAUAUAAAUAUUUAGAAGGCACAGAUACAAUGGCUGCGACUCAUCGACAACAAUUUGGUAUGAUGUCAUGUAGUGAUAAAAUUCUCAAAUGGGAUGUUUUGGGUGUACAAGGAGCUCUUCUUUCAAUACUUAUUGAACCUAUUAAAAUAUCUUCGAUUACACAUUUGAGUGGUUUUAAACAACAACAUACUUCACGUGCAUAUUGUUGUCGUUUAAGUAAAGCUUCAUCAAUAAUUAAUAUUUAUCAUCCUAAAAUUGGUCGAAUAAAAAAUGCUAUUAUUCCAUCAGUUGAUCUUGAUCAUAAAUUAAGUUAUUCAUGGUCAACUGUUUAUGCCGGUGAAUUAAUCGAUGCAUCAACUGGUCGUCCUACUACAGGUGGUGUUAGUGUUAUAUCAAAAGCAACAUUACUAAGUGAAUUUAAACAUUUAUGUUUAAAAAUGUGUCAUCCAUGUAAUAUACAUAUGUCAUAUAAUGAAUUAAAAAAAUUAAAUAAAGAUUAUUUUAAACAAAAACAAGCAAUGAUUUUAUUUCUUGAACAAGCAAAUUUUGGUUAUUGGUCAUCAGAUAAAAUUCAUUUUGAACAAUUUAAAUAUUCAUCGAAUAUUUUACCUAUUAGUCGAAAUAAUUAG